AUGUUCCGAUAUUUUAAAAUACUGUGUCUUGCACUUAUAGUGCUCAGUGUAUUCGAUACAGUGAGAGCAAGAAAAUCCUCUGGUGGAAGGCACAGCUACCCUUCGUCUGGUGGCCUUUCAGGUGGUGGCCGCCAUCACUAUCCGAGUUCCGGAGGACUUUCUGGAAACAGUCAUGGGUAUCCAUCAUCAGGGAACAGCCACGGGUAUCCCGCUUCAGGUGGGCUAUCAGGUUCGGGUAGCCAUGGAUAUCCAGCAGGCAAGGGACUUUCUGGUUCCAAUACUGGACACACAACCAAUGUGCAUUACCACUAUAACUACAGCCCCCCUCAAAGAAUCUCAUACACGCCUGUGCAUGGGGGACCUCCGAUGAGCUAUCCAGUGUAUCAUGGCCCCCCUCCAACCUACGUGUACAAUUAUAAGAAUUCCGGCAGCCAAUAUGGUACAUUGCUCGCUGGUUUGGCGCUGCUUAACCUUGGAACUCUCGCUGGCAGUGUUUACGCAAACAGACAUUCGAAUUACAAGCCACAGCCAGGUGAAAUUUGCAAAUUAGGAAUAAGAAAAGAUAAUGGGGACUAUCAGGAGACUAAAAUCGAUUGUCAUUUGAUAACUAGUUUCAUAUUCGAGGAGGAAGCUAAGGCGCACAGUGUGGCUCCGAAUUCAACUAUCACCACAACUACUGUAACGAACGUAACGAUAAUGAACACAACGAAUUUAGUUCCAGAUGUGACGCAUUCUCCAUCGGUUCCAGAACAUUCCUACCCACUUUUCACUAUGUUACCUAAUGGUACAUUAGUGCCGGUCAAUGCCACAAUGAUGAAUGCAACCAAUGCCACGACAGUGAAUAAUACAGUUAAUACCAACAACAGUUCAUCAGGGGGCAACGUGAUUACGUCAUCCGUGACGUCAGUAACCACAACAAACACAACGGUGACGGACGCGCUGGAUGUGAAAGGGAAACCUAUCGAUGUUACCCCCGGGAUCAUAUCGGCAUGCUGGGUGGCGGGAGCAGGUGUAGGGUUGCUCCCGUUAUUCGGUUGGCACGCGGCCGUGGGUCCCGCGCCGGGUUGCUACUUCGUGGAAGUGAUGGACUACAACUAUUUGCUUUUUUUAUACUUCGCUACAAUCGUUACGCCGAGUGUGCUGCUCGCUGCUUUCUACGCACACAUUUACCGUGUCGUAGUGAAACAGAUGAGCGCCGUAGUAACGGUAGAAGGAGGCCAUGGUCGCAACACUAGCGGUACGAUGCUCAGAGUUCUAGGAGCCGCUCAAAAACGUGAAGUCAAGGCGACCCGGAACCUCGCCAUCAUUGUCUUCUUUUUCAUAGUUUGUUGGAUUCCACUAUACACGAUAAACGCUAUAAAAGCAUUCCUCCCAGAACUAGACAUUCCCAACCCGCUCACCUAUUUUUGUAUAAUAUUUUCUCAUUUAAAUUCAGCUAUGAAUCCGUUAUUAUAUGCAUAUCACCUUAAAGAUUUUAGGGCUGCAUUAAAAGGUCUGAUUUGUAAUAUUAUUGGAAGAGGCGUACCGUUACCGGCGGCUUACAGACCGCCCAUGCCAGUAAGAAGACCUGCUUUAGAACGGUGUAAUGCUUUGAGGGAAAGACCGAGAAUUUACGUGAACUCUCCAGUUUGGUUGCGCCAGAGACAAGCAGAAGGGACGGGCAACCAAGAUGCGAACAAGUCCCUAGCAAAACCUGUUACGGUUGUUCCUGACAUGGAACCGUUUCUGGAUAAAACUGUCGUAAACAAUUCCAGUGGGCGUCAUUUGUCUGAAGGCGAAGAGAACAAUUUAUACCUCAUAGACUCUAAUCAAGGUAGAUGUCAAAGUCCUUAUAAGAAAGUUGAGGAGUUUUUACGAAGGGUCCGCAGCGUCGGUUCGGAACACAGCUGA